AUGGAGCGGCGCGGCGGCGGGGGCCGAAUGCUGGCCUUGCUGCUGGCCGGGCUGCUCGGCGGGGCGCGGGGCUUCGGCGACGAGGAGGAGAGGCGCUGCGACGCCAUCCGCAUCGCCAUGUGCCAGAACCUGGGCUACAAUGUCACCAAGAUGCCCAACCUGGUGGGCCACGAGCUGCAGGCGGACGCCGAGCUGCAGCUCACCACUUUCACCCCGCUCAUCCAGUACGGCUGCUCCAGCCAGCUCCAGUUCUUCCUUUGUUCGGUCUAUGUUCCGAUGUGCACGGAGAAGAUUAACAUCCCCAUAGGUCCCUGUGGUGGCAUGUGCCUCUCCGUCAAAAGAAGAUGUGAACCUGUUUUAAAAGAGUUUGGAUUUGCCUGGCCGGACAGCCUGAACUGCAGCAAAUUCCCUCCCCAGAAUGAUCACAACCACAUGUGCAUGGAGGGCCCAGGAGAUGAAGAGGUUCCCCUUCAUAGCAAGACAUCCUUGCAGCCUGGAGAGGAGUGUCACAGCAUGGGAUCUAAUUCAGAUCAGUACAUCUGGGUCAAGAGAAACCUGGACUGUGUCCUGAAGUGCGGCUAUGACGCUGGGCUCUACAGCAGGUCAGCGAAGGAGUUCACAGAUAUCUGGAUGGCAGUGUGGGCCAGUCUGUGCUUCAUAUCAACUGCGUUCACAGUCCUGACCUUCCUGAUUGAUUCAUCCAGAUUUUCCUACCCAGAGCGCCCAAUCAUAUUUUUGAGCAUGUGCUACAAUAUUUAUAGCAUUGCUUAUAUUGUGAGGCUAACUGUGGGCCGGGAAAGGAUAUCCUGUGAUUUUGAAGAGGCAGCAGAACCUGUUCUUAUCCAAGAAGGUCUUAAGAACACAGGAUGUGCUAUAAUUUUCUUGCUGAUGUACUUUUUCGGGAUGGCUAGCUCCAUCUGGUGGGUUAUUCUGACACUGACGUGGUUUCUGGCUGCAGGACUUAAGUGGGGCCACGAAGCUAUAGAAAUGCACAGCUCUUAUUUCCACAUCGCAGCCUGGGCUAUCCCUGCAGUGAAGACCAUCGUCAUUUUGAUUAUGAGACUGGUAGAUGCCGAUGAGCUCACUGGCCUGUGCUACGUUGGCAACCAGAACCUGGAUGCGCUGACGGGCUUCGUGGUUGCUCCGCUUUUUACCUACCUGGUUAUUGGAACUUUAUUCAUUGCAGCGGGAUUAGUGGCCUUAUUUAAAAUCAGAUCCAAUCUUCAGAAAGACGGGACUAAAACUGACAAACUGGAGAGGCUGAUGGUUAAAAUUGGUGUCUUCUCAGUGCUGUACACAGUCCCAGCAACGUGUGUCAUUGCAUGUUAUUUCUACGAAAUCUCCAACUGGGCCGUUUUUCGCUAUUCAGCUGACGAUUCCAAUAUGGCAGUGGAGAUGCUCAAAAUCUUCAUGUCCCUCCUGGUGGGCAUCACUUCAGGUAUGUGGAUCUGGUCAGCCAAAACUCUGCACACGUGGCAGAAGUGCUCAAACAGACUGGUGAACUCAGGGAAAGUGAAACGGGAGAAAAGAGCGGACGGUUGGGUGAAACCUGGGAAAGGGAACGAGACUGUGGUGUGAGAAAAGGACAGCGUCCAGAUGGUCUGACUGCUCUCACCUGAAGGACUGUUCGUGUGUAAGAACUGCAGCGUAAGUGUUGGGAGCUGAGUGAGGAGAUGGUUACAAAACUUGUCUCUUGGGGAAGGAGAAAAAAAUGCCUUAAAGAAUAAACAAACAAACAAAUAAUGCUGGAAAUAUGAAAGCCAUAAACUGUGCUGCCCGAAAUAGGAAAGCCCAGGGAGGCUUUAAAAGCUGUGAAAUAUCUGAACACGUUAUCUUCCUUUUGUUUUAAAAGCAGGAUGCAAUAUACCAAAGUCUUUAAAAGCAAUGGGAUAGUAGGCCGCAGCUGUGGGAUACUGUUUUAUUUUCAUCAUCUUGCAGCUGCAGGAGGAAAGGCAGUGCAGGUCCAAAUUCUGGGCUGAGGCAGGGUGCAGUUACCAGAAGAUGGAGCAUCCAGGACCUCAGAUAGGUGUUCUUCUUUCUGAGCAUUGUGGAGGAAGUGCUCUCUGAGGGCUGUCUCUGUGCCCUGGGGAAUUCCGUCGCCCUCUUAGGCUGCACAAGUCAGCCAAGGAUCAGGUCCUCCAACAGAGAAUCAUGUGAACUUCCCAAGUCUGGGAAUUACCCAAAAGAAGGAUUUGGUGAGGUAUUAGUGAGAAUGACUCUUAAGUCAUCUGAUGGUCUAGUAAUAAUUUUGGCUUGUUCUUUUCACUGCCUGUAACCUGGUCUCAUCUGAGUGCUGAGACCCUGCUUUGAGCAGGAAUUUGGACCUCUUGAGGUCCCUCCCAACCUGAACCACUCUGUGAUUCUGUCAGUGCUUUGUAUUUUUAAAAAAGCUUUGCUCAAGGUCGUGGUCAGAAGUAGAGGAACUGUGGGAAUCUGGAAACUGUGCGUACUGUUACACAUCAGCUGUCGUCGUCCGCCUGCCUCUGUUCCUAUUCCUUCAGGUGCUACUGCUAUUUCCAGCUGACUGCUUCGUUUUGCUGAGCUUAAUAGCUUUAAAUAAAGUCUUAUGUUAUCGUGCUCCUUCCUACAGGAAAGAGAAAAUCGAGUUGAGGGUCUCUUCAGAACAAUGUCAGUUUUUCUCCGAGUAAACUUAUCUGUCUCUCUGGAGACCCAUUGCAUGAAGCAAUUAAGUCUUAAUAUAUUUCGUUCAGCGUGAUGGUAUCUCUGCAGACGCCAGUCUGGGGGAAGUGAAACGUUGAGUUUCUUGGCAACCUCAUGUUCACACAGAUCAGUUGUAUAAUUAUGUGUGUCAGUUACAAUUAAAAGAACAUUCUCAGUCCAUGACAUCGCAAUGCAGCUGAUUGCCUCAAAACGACGCUCCAGUUGCUCACUGACAGCUAUGGAGUGGUUUUAUUUUAUUUUAUUUUGUAUAGAUGCGUACAGAAUGUGUGCAGGCAUUCAGUCCUCAGGAAUGACAGAGACGUUGUCAGUGUUUGGAAAUGGAUCCAAGAGAAGAGAUCCAACUUCUUUACAAUUAAUGUUGUUUCACAGCAACUGCCAAGUUUUAAUUGAGGAGGUACUGGCUUGAGUUCACAGGGAGCUUGAACUUUGUGUCUGGGACUUGUUUGGCUGUUAAGGAAGGUGAUGCAAACAGUAACCCAUAAAUAUUUAAGAGAAUGCUGUUUCAGUGCUCUGUCCCUCUGAAGGACCUUCAGUUCUGAGUACUCCAAAUUUUUGCUUUGUGUGUGUGGAUCCUGCUUAGCUGCUGGGCAUCCCCCAAUGCCCUGACUGCUGUGAUCUUCAAGGGCAGCUGAGAGCACGCGUUUGCCCUCACUUUUCCUACAGGUGCCCAUGUGCUGCUUCCCAAACCAUGGUUCAUUCCUACUCUGUCCCAGCAGCGUGUAUUGUUUCAAUGGCAAUGUUGAAACAUGUGCUAGAGCAUAUUAAAAAAAAAAAAAAAAAAGACACUGAAAAAACAAACCAACCCUAAUUGCAGUCUUUGUGGUUGGGCUCCCUCUCCAGCAGAACUAGUGACAACUUGACACAUUCUGCUCAAUGUGCAGCUAUUGUCUCGGCCAGCACUGCAUACCAUCUGGGCCUUUUGAUCCUCUCUCUGAAUUCUCUCACCAUUAGUGUUGUGUUUGGAUCUGGUUAUUCCUCUGUGGGCAAGGAGUUCUGCAAGUCGGAAAUCUUCAGAUGGCUCAGCCUCUCCACCACGUGCUCCAUCUCCCAUCGCAGCAAGGGAUGUGUGAUCAGCAGCUGUAUUUUAACUUGCAAAGGGUGAAGACACAGUAUGAGCCUUGUCUUGCAGCGUCAGGCUGUGCCAAGGUGUCACAUUCACUCAAGCGUCCUUCAAUCUGAAGCGGUUUGGAUAGUUUCCUGGCUGACAUGACUCCUGUUUGACCUGACUGAUCCAAUAAACAGCAUUUUUAACUGUGUUAUGUACACAGAAGUGGAUGUUAAGUAGUACUCCUGUUAUCACAUCCCUGCCUGUGACCCUGUGGACUGUGCCAGACUGAUCUCCUGACUGGUUGGGGACAUUGGAAAUGAGUGAAAUGAGGACAGCACUGUAUAGCCUCAUGAGGGAGCUGGGGACCACUACAGCAUGAGGCACUCAAAUGCUAUGGGCAGGAGGUGGGGAGCAGCUGCUAUCCCUGAAGGAAGUGUUCCCAGGGCCACUGUGGCAACCCCAAAGCAACGUCAGCUGUAGCACCAACAAAAUUACAUCCCACAAAUCAUAGAAUCAUAGAAUUGGUUGAGUUAGAAGGGACCCUUAAAGGUCACCAAGCCCAACUCCCCUGCAAUGAACAGGACACCUACAGUUGGAUCAUUUCGAGCUUCAUCCAGCCUGACCUUGAAUUCUUUGAAGGACGGGGCAUCCCCCACCUUUCUGGGCAUCCAUGUGCAUUCACCUUGCCUUGUUCUGGGGAUGCUGAGUAGGAAGUCACAACAGACAACCCCAAACCCAGCAGUUACAAAAGCAUCUGCAACUCGUACAUUCUCUCAUUUCAACGUUGUUAAGAAUUUAAAGCCAAAAAAUGUAUGACUAAUCCUGUCCCAGACAUUCAGUUGCUGCAAUUAUACAAGCAGAGACCUUACGGCCCUUACCUUCCUGCACUGUGCUGUGUUCUCCAACCCCACUCCACUUACCACGGGUCUCAGGAGCAUCUAUUGGAGAGGUACAAGCUCCUUUGUUGAGCAGACAAGUCAGCUCCUUUACCUGAAUUUCUAAGGAAGUAGACACUGAUUAUUUUGGGUGUACAGAAAAUGUAUCUGCUUUGAUGUAUGUACUGUAAAGUUCUAAUUUAUCACUGUAAAAAAUAAAACAAACUUUGCUAUUUAAUUUUUAUAUCAAAAUAAAACUUUAAUCUCUGUGGAUCA